AUGCUGAAGGCCGUCAUCCUCAUCGGCGGCCCCCAGAAGGGGACCCGCUUCCGGCCGCUCUCCUUCGAGGUGCCCAAGCCGCUCUUCCCGGUGGCCGGCGUGCCCAUGGUGCAGCACCACAUCGAGGCGUGCGCCAAGGUGCCCGGCAUGAAGGAGAUCCUGCUCAUGGGCUUCUACCAGCCGCACGAGGCGCUCAGCCGCUUCCUGGUGUCGGCGCAGCAGGAGUUCAGGAUCCCCAUCAGGUACCUGCAGGAGUACGCGGCGCUGGGCACGGGCGGCGGCAUCUACCACUUUCGGGACCAGAUCCUGUCCGGGGGCCCCGAGGCUUUCUUCGUGCUCAACGCCGACGUGUGCUCCGAGUUCCCGCUGCGGGAGAUGCUCGAGUUCCAGCGGCGGCGCGGCGACGCGCACAGCGCGCUCAUGCUGGGCACCACGGCCAACAGGACCCAGGCGCUGAAUUACGGCUGCAUCGUGGCCAACGCGGACACGCACGAGGUCCUGCACUACGUGGAGAAGCCCAGCACGUUCGUCAGCGAGAUCAUCAACUGCGGCAUCUACCUGUUCACGCCCUCCAUCUUCCAGCACAUCGGCGACGUCUUCCAGAGGAACCAGCAGGAGCUCGUGCUCUGCCCUUACCUCGGAGAGGAGAACUCCAAUGGCUGGCAGCGUGCAGAAGUGAUCCGGCUGGAGCAGGACGUUUUCACGGCCCUGGCUGGGAGCGGCAAACUCUACGUCUACAAAACUGAUGGUUUCUGGAGCCAGAUCAAAUCAGCUGGCUCUGCCAUCUAUGCCAGCCGCCUUUACCUGAACCAGUACAGCCAGUGCCACCCAGAGAGGCUGGCCCAGAACAAACCUGGAGGCCCCAUCAUUCGAGGGAACGUGUACAUCCACCCCACAGCCUCUAUCGACAGCACUGCUGUGCUGGGCCCCAAUGUCUCCAUUGGGAAGGGGGUGACGGUGGGAGCUGGUGUGCGCGUACGCGAGUCCAUCGUCCUCCACGGGGCCACGCUGCACGAUCACACCUGCGUUCUCAAUACCAUUGUGGGCUGGGACAGCACCAUCGGGCGCUGGGCUCGGGUUGAGGGAACACCUAGUGACCCCAACCCCAACGAUCCUUAUGCUAAGAUCGACAGUGAGACGCUUUUUCGGGAUGGACGACUGACACCUUCCAUCACAAUCCUGGGCUGCAGCGUGACCAUCCCUGCUGAGGUCGUCAUCCUCAAUUCCAUUGUCCUGCCCCACAAGGAGCUGAGCCGCAGCUAUAAGAACCAGAUUAUCCUGUGAGUUGGCCACUCGCCUCGUUGGAACUGCUCGUGCCAGCCCCAGGUUCCCUGAGGUGCCGCACGGAAGAGGUUUCUGCCUCCUGGAGGCCCCGCAGUUCCUGCCCCGAGUGCGGGAUGCAGGCCAGGAGCCCAAGUGCCUCGUUCCUGCUG